AUUUGGAUUUAGCUAUUGUCAAUAUUGUCAUUUGUUUUGCCAAAGCUCAGUCAAAAUAUCUGACGUCUUGUGAAUUUUAUAACAUAUUAGAAAUUAGAAUAAAGUAUAUGUAUUUAUAACGCUUGUAUGUUUUUAAUUAUUUGUAACAUAAGUCAUGGCAGAUCAGUCUUCAAUUUUGGCGCUUUUUAUCUUAGCGGUUGGAGUGACCGUUCACUUUUCAUUGCAUAAAGUGGAGGAAGGACACCUCGGGGUUUACUACAGGGGUGGUGCAUUACUCCCAGUAACAAGCCAGCCUGGUUUCCAUAUGAUGGUACCCUUACUAACAUCUUUUAAAGCAAUACAGACAACUCUUCAAACUGAUGAAGUGAAAAAUGUACCCUGUGGUACAAGUGGAGGUGUCAUGAUAUAUUUUGAAAGGAUAGAAGUAGUUAACAAAUUGGAACCUGGCAGUGUACUGGAUGUAGUCCGUAACUUCACAGCAGAUUAUGACAAGACCCUAAUAUUUAACAAGGUGCAUCAUGAGCUCAACCAGUUCUGCAGUGCACAUACAUUGCAUGAGGUGUACAUUGAUUUGUUCGAUCAAAUUGAUGAAAAUUUAAGAACUGCUUUACAAAAUGAUCUUAAUGAAAUGGCACCUGGACUGAAAGUACAAGCUGUAAGAGUUACAAAACCCAAGAUACCAGAGGCAAUAAGAAAAAACUAUGAGUUGAUGGAGGCAGAGAAAUCUAAACUCCUCAUUGCUGCCCAACAUCAAAAGGUUGUUGAAAAAGAAGCCGAGACAGCUCGACGUAAAGCCAUUAUAGAGGCAGAAAAGGAGGCGCAAGUUGCAAAAAUCCAGUAUGAACAGAAAAUUAUGGAAAAAGAAUCUUUACAAAAAAUUGAACUCAUAGAAGACAGUAUUCAUAAGGCAAAACAACAAACAAAGGCUGAAGCAGAUUAUUAUAAUCUAAAGAAGCAAUCAGAAGCCAACAAACUGUUACUGACUAAAGAAUAUUUGGAGUUGAAGAAAUAUGAAGCUCUUGCUGUCAAUAAUAAGAUAUACUUUGGCAGUGAUAUUCCUAACAUGUUUUUGCAAGCUAAUGUUGGUGAAACUAGCCUCCCUAAAAGUGCUAUAGUUGAAUGAGUAAUGCUUAUUUUACCAAAAUAUGAACUAGUCAUUGAAUAGUGCUGAAACCGAGCCGGUGGUUCAGUUUUACUGUGAAGAAUAGCAGUAAGGAUAUGAAGUACAUACAAAAUAUUGCUGCAACUGUUGAGAUUUUGUUAUUAAUUAAUUGUAUAUAAUGUGUGGACAAUUAUUUACAAUCAUGUAUGUAUAAUCAUGUGGGUAUUGUUUUAAUUUGCUAGAGUUCAUGGUAACCAUUAGAAUCUAAGUUACAUUGUAUAUAGCUUUUUUUACCAUUAUUUAAUAAAACAACACAUUAAAUAA